ACACGUGAGGAAGGCAAGAUGGCGGAUAAGUUCACUGAGUUUGCUGGACGCAUGGGAAAAGCUCCGAAAGGAACCGGAACUGGUUUAAAACUUUUAGUUGCAGCAGCAGCAGCUGCAUAUGGAAUCAAAGAGUCCGUUUACACAGUUGAGGGCGGUCACAGGGCCAUUAUAUUCAGCAGAAUUGGAGGAGUCCAAAAUAACAUUUAUACUGAAGGCCUUCAUUUCAGGUACAGUCAUUGGUUUCAUUACCCUAUUAUCUAUGACAUAAGGUCAAAACCAAGGAAGAUUAUUUCUCCAACUGGGAGCAAAGACCUCCAGAUGGUUAACAUUGGCCUUCGAGUGCUUGCUCGUCCUCAGGCAACUAUGCUUCCUGAUAUGUACAGAAAAUUGGGAUUGGACUUUGACGAAAGAGUUCUACCCUCGAUCAUGAAUGAGGUUUUGAAGAGUGUUGUAGCUCAGUUUAAUGCUUCACAGCUGAUCACGAUGCGUCAAGAGGUCAGUCUUUUGAUCAGAAGGCAGUUGACAGAUCGUGCCAAGGAUUUCUUCAUUAUUUUGGAUGAUGUAUCCAUUACUGACUUGAGUUUUGGCCGAGAGUACACAGCAGCUAUUGAGGCAAAACAAGUUGCUCAGCAAGAAGCACAGCGAGCUCAUUACCAGGUGGAAAAGGCUAUACAGGAACGACAACAAAAAAUUGUACAGGCUGAGGGAGAGGCCAAGGCAGCCACUCUGCUUGGUAAUGCUCUGAGGUCAAAUCCAGGUUAUUUAAAACUGAGGAGGAUACGAGCGGCUCAAAAUGUCUCAAACACGAUUUCUAACUCACAAAAUAUGGUCUUCUUGGAUGCUGGAGCAUUGAUGUUAAAUGUCAGAGACACAGAUGACAUAGAAGAGUGA